AUGUCUCAACAAGUUAUUUUGGGUGAUAAACUUGCUCAAAAAUAUAUUAGAGAAUUAAAAUUUGUCAGUCCUCGUUAUAAAAGUACAGAAAUUUAUGUAAGAAGUACAGACUUUAAUAGAACAUUAACUAGUGCUAUUUCAAAUAUGGUUGGGUUUUAUAAGAAUGGAGAACCGGGAGAAGACUUUCCUGAAGAUGCUUGGCCAAAAGGCUUUACCCCCGUCGCUGUCCACUCUACUAGCAGUCAUGGUGAUCAACUCGUCACAGAUAUGGUUUCUCCUUGUCCUAGACUAUCUGAAAUGCAAAUAUUGAUGAAGAAAACACCCGAAUAUGAGAAAUUAAUGAGUGAUAAGAAGGUGGGGGUUACUGUAGAUUCUCCCUCACCUUUAUUAGUCUCUCUUUGGAAUUCAGAAUUGAAUAAAGAAUUGAACGAGAGAGAGAAAGACGGAAUUCGUUAA